AUGAGACCGGUUAGGAACCCAGUAGCGGGGGAGGCCAGCCGCGGUUCGCCUCCAGAUGCGGGCCUUGGUCGGACACACCUGACGCCAUUGCCUCCGGUGAGCUGCUUUGUGACGACCGAAGCCAGCCUCGACUCUGCCACCGACCCCGACGAGCCGGGGGAGUCGGUGAAGAGCUAUGCGAACAAACGGAGCCGCAGCUCUGGUCUGUUACGACCCGACCGCACCGGACGACGGCAGCGCCGAGCGACACCGUCCCUGCCAUCGGACGUGGACCACGGCGCCUCGAAACGCACCACAACCGACUUCACGGCCGUCUCCGGCCCCGGAUCGACCGUUAGCUUCCCCUCCUCUCCCGAACUCUCCAGCACCUGCCCUUCCGACGAUCCCAACAGCAACACGCCAAGCUUCGCCGAGCUCUCCCCUACCAGGUCUCCGUGCCCGGAAGCGGCGGGCAGUGUCGCGGGGGACGCGGUCCUGCAAUUUGUGAUGCCCAGCCUGACAGUUCCCCCUCGACGUCCCUUCACCGAGAUCGGAAAGGCUUUAGGGAAGCUCAAGAUUCUCGUCGCGGGCCCGGCAGGCAUCGGGAAAACGGCGCUGAUCCUUUCCGUCGCUCAAUGCUGCGACCACAUCGUGCACAUGGAUGCCAUCAGUCACUCCCCGGGCGGCAGCAUCGCGGAGGUGCCUGCCAGCACUCGCCCUCAUCUCUGGUGGCGAGCCGGCCUAGAUUCCUCCACGCAGCUCGAAGGAAGGCGAUUCUCCUCGGCGACGGACGAAAUUCUUGAUAGAAACCUAUGCUUUGUGGACUGCCGCGUGGAUGAUCAAUCCGAGGCAGGCCGCUUCCCUCUCGCGUCUUCACCGGCAUCGAUUGCUGACGACAGACCUGGCCAGGCUACGCGACCGGAAAUUCGUUAUGUCGAGUCCCAACUGUUUCGACUGUGCGAAAAGUCCCUCGAGGAAGCGGACUUGUACCACAUCCUAAGUGGGGGUGCGGGGUCGAUUGUUGACGUCGUCCUCUACAUGAUUCCGCACGCAGGCCCUACCCCCGACGACGUUGGAACGAUGCGGAUCCUGCAAGGCAUGACCAACGUCAUUCCUCUGCUCGCACGCGUAGACGAGCUCGGCCACGGCGAAAUACCGUCUUCCAAGCACCGGCUCAAGACGUGCCUUGGGGACACAUAUUCGGCCUGUUUUUCGUUCACGAGCCCUGGCUCUGCCCAAGACCUGUCGGACAUGUACGCCGUUUCGAGCGACACCCGAGACAGCCACGAGACGAUGGAGGCGAGCAUUUUGAUGAGCUCCUCGUACCUGCCGCCGUUGGUACCCACGGAACUGCAACCGCUCGUCGAGCGCAUCUUCUCUCUCGAAGGCAGCUCUCUUCUCCGCCACUCCGCCGCCGUCAAAUCCGUGAAUUGGCGCCGACGGUACCUUGAAGAAGAAGGCAACUCGUGGCAAUCGGCCUUGACUUGCCGGAACCUGCCGCGGCAUGGAGUCGUUGCCCGCUACCCGGCGGCCACCGCACAGGCGGAGCGGCAGUGUUGGGGUCGGAUAGAGCUUGCCAGCUGGGCCGAGGCAUUGCGCCAAAGCCUUGCGGCGGAGAGUGUUGGCCGAUCCCGCGACGGGCUCGGCUCGGUGGCAUCAAGGAGAGAGAUGCCUCUUGCCAACGCGGGGACGGGGACCGGACGGCGCAGCAGGCAGAUCCGACGGCAGGACAAGACGCGACCGGCCAUGACGAGUCGCCAGGACCCCCUUGGUUUGUUGGAACUGGUUGCUCGGAUAAAAUACCACGGAGAACUCACACUGGAGCUGCUCGGCAGUCUUGGGGGUCUGGGCUGCGUCGCGGCGUGGCUCAUCCGGUCCGAGCUAGCACAUCAUUGGGAUGUGAGGCUACCUCCAGCCUGGUGCUUGACGGCGAGAUGA